UCUUGCCAUUACUUUGACAGGUGGAGUGCAGGAAUUGCAGGAAAAUUCCUAUUUAUAAAGUCAUGCUCUUCAACCAUUAGCUUGAUUUUUGAACAGGAAAUUUCACUCAUUUACGUCAUAUUAUUGAUAGCUUUUGUGCAUCAUAAUGGCCAAAUCUUCCAUUUUGUCAAGCCUUCGGGUAUCAUGGAUUAUGCAACUGUCCGUCAAGAAACAAGACACCCUACUGAAGAUGGCAGUGCUCACCUUGGCAGCAUUAUUAUCUUUUUGUUGUCGCCUGUUUUCUGUGCUGCGCUUUGAGUCGGUCAUCCAUGAGUUUGAUCCUUACUUCAAUUACCGCACCACCAAGUAUCUGGCAGAGGAGGGCUUCUACAGUUUCCACAACUGGUUUGACGACCGAGCCUGGUAUCCUCUUGGCAGGAUAAUUGGUGGCACCAUCUAUCCUGGUCUGAUGGUGACAAGUGCCAUCAUGUACCACUUGCUCAACGCCCUGCACAUCUCUGUUGAAGUGCGCAAUGUUUGUGUGUUCCUUGCCCCGUUCUUCUCAUCUCUUACAACACUCGUGACCUACCACAUCACCAAAGAGCUCAAGGGUCCUGGCGCGGGGCUCACAGCUGCUGUCAUGAUAGCCAUCGUGCCCGGCUACAUCUCCCGCUCAGUGGCUGGCUCCUAUGAUAAUGAAGGUAUUGCCAUCUUCUGCAUGCUGCUCACUUACUACAUGUGGAUCAAGGCAGUCAAGACUGGCACCAUCUUUUGGUCGGCCUUGGCAGCGCUGGCUUACUUCUACAUGGUGUCAUCAUGGGGUGGCUACGUGUUCCUGAUCAACAUCAUCCCCCUGCACGUGUUAGUGCUGAUGAUCACAGGUCGCUUCUCUCACCGCAUCUACGUUGCGUACAGCACACUCUAUGUCAUCGGCACUAUUCUCUCCAUGCAAAUUGCCUUCGUGGGCUUCCAACCUGUCUCCACUUCAGAACACAUGGGGGCCCUAGGAGUUUUUGGGCUGUGCCAAAUUCAUGCGUUUGUGGACUACGUUCGAGCACGACUUCCCAAGGAUCAUUUUGAUGUGCUUUUCAGAGGCGUGGUCACGACUGUUGCUGGCGUUGCCGUACUUGGAGCAGUGGCGCUCACUGCUAUGGGUAAGAUCGCCCCCUGGACCGGCCGCUUCUACUCGCUACUCGACCCUUCCUACGCCAAGAACAACAUCCCCAUCAUCGCCUCGGUGUCCGAGCACCAGCCCACCGCUUGGUCCUCGUUCUACUUUGACCUGCAACUUAUGGUGUUCAUGUUCCCCGUGGGACUCUACUACUGCUUCUCGCGCCUCACUGAUGAGAACAUCUUCAUUAUCCUCUACGGCGUGCUCAGCAUCUACUUUGCCGGAGUUAUGGUGCGCUUGAUGCUCGUGCUGGCCCCUGUCAUGUGCAUCCUGUCAGGCAUCGCUGUGUCUUCCCUUCUCGAAAUCUACAUGCCUCAGGUGGACUUGGAUUCAAACACCAGCUCUAGCCUAGACAAGAAGAAGGCUAAGCAAGACAGCAACUUCUUCUUCCGUGGCCAGAUUGCGACAGGCUUUGUGACUCUGAUGUCGCUCUUCUUGAUCUCGUACACGCUGCACUGCACGUGGGUAACGAGCGAGGCCUACAGCUCCCCCUCCAUCGUGCUCUCUGCCCGCGCCCACGACGGAUCCCGCAUCAUUUUCGAUGACUUCAGGGAAGCCUACUACUGGCUACGUCACAACACUCCGGAGGAUGCGAAGGUGAUGUCGUGGUGGGACUACGGCUACCAAAUUACUGCCAUGGCGAACCGCACCAUCCUAGUGGACAACAACACGUGGAAUAACACGCACAUCUCGCGCGUAGGUCAGGCCAUGGCCAGUCCUGAGGACAAGGCCUACGAGAUCAUGCGAGAACUCGACGUCAAUUAUGUCCUCGUUAUCUUUGGGGGCCUUACUGGAUACUCCUCGGACGACAUCAACAAGUUCUUAUGGAUGGUGCGGAUUGGUGGCAGCACGGACAAAGGCGCCCACAUUAAGGAGCACGACUAUUACACCCCGGCAGGCGAAUUUAGAGUGGACAGAGAAGGCUCGCCAGUGCUCCUCAACAGCCUCAUGUACAAAAUGUGCUACUAUAGAUUCGGCCAAGUCUACACUGAAGGAGGUAAGCCAGCAGGCUACGAUCGCGUGCGAAAUGUGGAGAUCGGCAACAAGGAUUUCGAGUUGGACGUGUUGGAGGAAGCAUACACGACCGAGCACUGGAUUGUCCGCAUCUACAAAGUCAAGGACUUGCCAAACAGAGGUUCAUGAAGUGGUCUAUUUUAUUUCCAGUUUGAUUGACUGGUCAUGUCAGCCAUCGUAAAUCCUGAUGUAGUUUAUUUUCGUGGGGCUUGCUCAAGUUGAGUUGUAUCUUAAUCCCUUCGUCCUCUCUUGAAAUUAUCAGCAGGAUUCCUUAAUUCGACUACUUGACACCAUGUGAUCGGCAGCGUGAUUUCCGCUCUUCUGAGAGUGAGAUGGUUGUCUUCUGAAAUUGAUGGCAGGUGUAAUUGUUGCUGUUGUAUGACUUUCGGGUUGAUUAUCCUGGCGCUUUUGAAAACUGCCGACGACGAGGUUGCGUCGCACUUGUACGUGCUGUAGUCAACACCGAAGUUCAGAGUGGCCGUAAAUGGGAUCACAGUGACUAGAAAUGACAAGUGUUCAACAGUUGUUAAAAUCCGUAUAGGCGCGCGGAAUGUGCGGAAACGCUAAAAAGGGGUCUAGAAACCCCAUUUUAGAAAUAAGUUUUCAAAGUUGAAACUUUCAAACUUUGAAACCUAGCUAAAAAGAAGAAUCUCAUAGGUCACAGACAACAUCACUGCCUGCUUAGUGAACUUGAGAUUUUUUUUCUAAGUGCUGAAUUAUUUCGGGCUUCGGUAUUUUGACUUCUCUGUGUACGCUCAAUUUGUUUAUUCCAUCAUCGCUUUCACUUGACUGUAUCGUUUUGUAUCAGUCUAACCUUUCGGAUAUUGUGCAUGCGUACACAAGAUGCCCAAGGCAUCACCAGCGUCUCAUCAGCUUCUAAGAUGAAUUCAUGUUGUUCUAAAAGUAAUAUUAUAUAUCCAAUGACACCCAAACUAAUUUAUGAUGCUGAGAAGUGAAGCAGAAGUGACGGGUUUGACUCGUUCUAUGCGUGUAACUCCGAUUACUCAUCGAUCUCAAUUACCGAUUCUGCCCUACAUGAUGCCCGACUAUUUUGAUUUGAAUGUUGAAGGCUUUUCAUUUUCAGUCACUGUGAUCCCAAAUAUGUUCACUUUCAACUUCAUCGCUGUUGUCUGUCAGUACAAGAUAUGCAACUUAUUUGGGCCGUUUUAAUUUGGAUCUCGACCAAAUUUUUUUGCCACUGAUAAAGCUGUGUACGCGUCUACAUUGGUUAAUGUAGUUGUUAUUUAUUACGGUAUUGGAAAAUUGACAUCACUCGGGCGCUACUCGGUUAUAUAUAUGUGAUAUCUCAAAAAAUUCUCGGUAUUGAUUUUUUGUCUGUGGUGGGCUCUUACCUGCACCUAUCCAAACUGUGUGUGUAAUUUGUCAAACGUUAAAAUCGAAAGUCUAUUUAUAUUUAAAAUUAUGGAUGGAUAUCAACUGGAACUCGCCGUUUUAUUUUUGUGACCGUAAUCUUUUUCGAGCGUGUAGUAAUUGGGUUCUCUUGACUUUUUUUCAAUUAGGAUCGACUUCCUAGCACCGUAUUUCGUGUUUGUCGUGUCUCAAUACGGUGACAAUAUUUGCAUGAACUGCUUUUGGUUUGAUGUUUGGUGAAACGUCCUUAAUUCUUUAUUAACAUAUCUGAACCGUUGCUCCGUUUUCGUUAACCAGGUGCUACCUUCAUUCCUUCUUCUAGUGUUUUAGUUCAUGUGCUUAUUUUUGAGUGCCCGUUUUAGUUCACUGAAGUUCGUUGUUGUACAUGCUACAUGAGUAUGCCUUGCUCUAAGAUGAGCUGACAUUCCAGCUUCCUCAUGAGUGUACUCAUCAUUCGGAGUAUUAGAUUCCUUGUAUGAUUAGAACCAGCUUGGACUUUUACACUCAAAUCUAGUUAAGUGCAUAGUUUUUUUUACCUAUUAAGUAUUUUUCGCGACUAGUGUUUGCGCGUUAGCAACCAGUUAUGUAGUUUUCCCGUUUCCUUUAUGAAUAAUUUUGUACCGUUUAUUAAUCCUUUGUGCAUUUAUCAACGUCAGUGUGAGUUAAUAGUCCGAUGGGACGACAUUUACCGUCCCUACAGCACGUUUCUGGAUUUUAGUGACGUUCUGCACGAUGUAUGCAGCUGCGCGUUAACUGCGCCUGUAUUAAAAUGAAACGAUUUAGUGAUUCACGGUGUUAAGACUCCUAUCUGUUGACGGGAAAAUUUACUGGGCAUUGAGUUGCAUUUACUUGAAUGUAUAAUUAAAUAUAUUAAAUGAUGUUUUGUACUAAAGGGCAAUUGAAUUUUCGAAUAUAUUAUUGAUUUGUCUGUUUUUGAAGCAAUUACUCCAUUUGUGUUACAGCUGCGAUCGUAGAUUAUUUGGUUGGCAGGAUUUUGAUUGCCGAGUUUAAAUAUCUUCAAAGGUUUGCGUAUUUAAAAUAUAGAUAAUUAUAUACUUAUUUGUAUUGAGGCGUUGCUAGAAUAUGUUGGAGUGAACUAGGAAUUAUUUAAUGAUUAAUUACAAGUUAGCGAUGAUGUGUCAUCUCAGAAAGAAUGCUUUUAUACUUGACUUUCUUGAUGAAACUUUUUCGCAC